AACAUGGCAGCUAGAAAUGUCACACGCUUCGUUUUACCUCGAUUUGCGUCUUUCUUUCAGCGAUUUAAUGCCACAACUGUCCCACUGAUAUUGCGACGGAGAGCUCUAUAUAAAUCUGAACACUUUGGAAUGUUUUCUACCUCUCCCAAACCAUUUGCAAACGAAACUGUCACAGUCCACUUUAUUAUGCCUGAUGGCAGCAAGGUGUCGGCAAAUUCCAAAGUGGGCGAGAAUCUUCUGGACAUCAUUGUAGACAAUGAUAUAGAUAUCGAUGGAUUCGGUGCUUGUGAAGGAACCCUAGCCUGCUCCACGUGUCAUCUCAUCUUCUCCAAAGAGGAUUACGAUCGAAUCCCAGACAAACCCACAGAUGAAGAAUUAGACAUGCUGGACCUGGCAUACGGCCUUACUGAUACAUCUAGAUUAGGUUGUCAAGUGAUUGUGACAAAAGAUAUGGAUGGAUUGGAGGUCAAGGUUCCAGCUGGUGUGGCGGACGCCAGAGAUCCUUCAUGACCUUAGCUGACCUGUAGGACAUUAAAAAAAAUCAUAGAAAAGACAAUACAAGUAUUUAAACCAGAUUCAACUUAACGUCACUUUGUAUAAUCUUAAUACAGACUUGUAUGUAAAAUUCACUCUCAUUGUUGAAUUUGUUCAUCAAUCCUUAGAUGACCAAAUAUAUUAAUUUUGAUGCUCAAAUUUUUAGUACACAUUUAGUACACAUUUGAAAGUGAAUGAAUCAUGCACAAUGAAUGUAUUUUAAAAUAAAAAAACGGUGCCAUGGGCUCAAGGCUACCUGACAUUUUUCUCAUGUUAAAAAUUUGAAUAUUGUUAUUAAUCUAUAUUAAUGCCAUGUGUGAUAUUUUAUGUUAUAUUAAAUGUGACUAAAUACAUGUAAAUAAUUUGUAUGAUUAAAAAUCUAUUGUAAUACAAAUGUAAACCAUAUAAA